UCGCGCUUCGGUCUGCACUCUGCCUUGCUACGUCUCGGUUCGAACCCCUUGACUCCGACGGGCGACGACUCCGUUCUGUCUUGACGAGAGGCUGUAACUUACGAUGUCAGAGCAUGACGAUACCUUGCUGGACGAAGGGGAUUUCGGGGAUGAGGAGUACGAUCUGGGUAACGACGAGGAGGAAGCUCUCCUAGCAGAUGACUAUGAGCUAGAAAGGCAGAAUAGCUAUAAGGGAGAAGAGGAAACAGAUGAUGUACUGGACUUAGGAGUCACGGACGCGCUCGACGACUUAGACGCCGAAGACGAAAAUAUAGAGUUUAGUAGAGGCAGUACUGAUAAACGUAGCGAUAACGAUUUCUAUAAAGACGGGGAACAUCCGGAGGCGCAGACGUCGUAUUACGAGCAGGACGAGAAUGCCGAGUACGCAAGCGAGCGCGAGGCACUGCCUCAGCUCGGCAGGAGUUCAGAAUCGAACAGCGUUAAUGUCAACAACAUCGGCAUGGGCGAUCUGCGCGAGAAGUUGCAGAAGAACGUGCAUAGGAGCAUGUACGUCGGCAACGGGCAAGGGAUGGAAGACGACGAUUGCGAGGAGGCGAAGGAGAGGCGGAACAGAUUUCAAAAUGAACGCACGAUGAUUUCUCCAAAGAUGAACAAUGAUAUUCCGGAUACCUUAGAGAACGUUCUCACGUCGGAGCCAUCCAGAAUGCCGUUCAGAGGAAGAGGACGGGGUCGCGGAACAAGAGGAAGCAGGGGAGGAAGAUUCAACAUACAAAAUUCUGGAAACUUCAAUCCGAGGUUUGGUAUGGCACGGCCGGGUUUUGAAAAUCAGCCGCCCGCAUGCAGACCGCCGCUAAUAGAAACCAGACCGCCGUGUCUCCUUGGCGUACCAAGUAACGUACAAAAUCAGCAGAUAAUGUACCAACAAGCUAAUCCACAGCAACCCUUUCAACAGCCCUUCGGCCCGAACGGUCCGAUGCAAGGGCCGCCGCCGGCGCAAUUCGCAGAGAGUAGGCCGCAAUUCAAUCCUGGGCCGCAGUUCCAGGGCCCUUUGGGACCGCCGCGUCCGGGACCGCUGAUGGGCUCAAGGCCGCCCGAGUACGGGCCCAGGGGUCCCAUGCAGGGACCGGGCUACAAUUGCCCGUCCAAUCACCAGCCGCCGUAUCACUCGCCGAUGCAUCCGCCGUUCCAAAAUCCAGUCGGCAUCAUGCAGGAGAGCCGGCCGAUGCCGGGUAAUCAGGGGCCCUUGUUGCAAGGGAAUCCGGGUGGCGGCUCGCACCACGGCAAUCCGAACAUGUUGCCGCCCGGGAAUCCGAAUAUGUUGCCACCGCCGGGAGGAAACCUGCCAAUGCCGCCGCCUAUGCAGGGAUUCCCGCGCCAGCAGCCCACCCAGGGUCCGCCACCUAUGCAAAACCUGCCGCCGAACGUACCACAAAUGCCUAGUCAACCGCCCUUCGAGAGCAGACUGCCGCCACCGCCACCGCCGUUCCAAGAGCCAAGAGAGUUCGAGGGUCGAGGCGGGUACGACGCGAGGGCCGGUUACCAUCCCGAUCAAGUACCCAAUAGCCAAUUUAAUAAUACGAUGCCACCGAUACCGCAACAGUCGGUAUCCAAUGUGUCACACAUGUCUUUGCCUCCAGGCCACAAGAUUCUAAUCAACCCUCAUUUCAGAGGCACCGUUCAACCUGCGAGCGACGCUCGACUUGCAUGGGACUCCAAUCAGCAAGUCCAACCACAAGCUCCUCACGGCGGUCAGUUUUCACAACCUCACCCGCCGUAUCAGAAUCAGGGACCCUACAAUCAGCCUCAGCAAGGCCCGUCGCAGUAUCAACAGAAUUACCAGCAGAAUAAAAGUGAUGACCCGUAUGCAUAUUUUUCUGACGUGUGGCAAGAAAACAGGCCACAGAGACCUCAGAAUAUGAGCCCGAGCAAGCAUUACUCCUCAGACAACAAUUAUUCUCGCGAGAGUAGUUAUAACGACAGUAAAUAUAAAUCGGAGGGCCAGUGGGAUCAAAGGGACAAUUAUCAAGAGGAUCACAGAGGAUCUCAUCAGAGUUAUCGGGAGAGAGAUUUGCCGCUACGAACAAGGAAUGAUCACAUGCAGAGAAGUAGAACGCCGCCGAAUGUAUAUCGCGAUUCUUACGAGCAGAAAACCCCUAGACCGACGAAUAUUGCGCCCCGUGGAAUAAACAGACCGCCACAAAAGAGGAUUUCCGAAUCCUCGGACAAGGGACCGCGGGAAAUGAGCCCGAAGCGCAGUAAGCCGCCUAACAGAAAUCUUCAAGAGGUGCGAAGAGUAGAUACAGUAGGUGAACCCGUUGCCGAUAAGGAGGAAGAUAGUGAUCCAGAAAUGCAGGAGUACCGGAAAAAAAUGGAGGAACAGAAACGUCUUCGGGAAAAGUUGUUACGCGAGAAGGAGAACAGACGUAAGAUGGCCGCGAUAGAGAAACAAAAUGAGGGGGCAAGGACCGAUUCGAGUACCGCUGCAGCAAAUGAAAAUACUCAACAAGAAGUGAAAUCUGCGUCGACGUUGAUGGGACUUGUCAACGACAGCGCUGUUAAAACCCGCCCUGGUGUUGUCGCUAAAGGACGCAUUCGUCCUGUUAAUACACAGAGCACAGAGGCAACGGACAGACCGUCUAAUGUGCGAAUUAUCAGAACGAUACAAACCAACGAUCUGUCAGACACGAGCGGUUCGAAAAAUAAUCCCGGACACACAGCCAAUCAAGUGAUUGAUACUGUACAAACGAGACAAGUGGUACAACAGCCCGGCCUGCGACGAGUUGUGAUACAGAAGCCUCUGUUGAAUUCGCAAAAGAUCGCCACCACGAUACAGAAAACUGUCUCGAAUCUGCAAAAGAAUCAGGGAUUACAGCAGAAGAUCCCUAACACGCAGGUUGUACAGACCCAAAAGGUUUUACAGAAUCAGGGUAAUACGUUGCAAAAAUCGGCGAUCGUCAAUCAAAGAAUGAUGGCACAUAAAGCGCCGAUCGGUCUGCAGAAAACCGUGAUCAACGACAGCGCGAACGUUUAUAGCCAGAAGGUUGCGGGCGCGCAGCAAAACCCCCAGCGGAUCGUGCUGCAAAAGUCCGCGGUGCAAGCGAAAAAGUUACCCGAGAUAAAGACAAACACGGUUAAAUUAGAAAACUUGGCCGCGAGCACGUCCGAGGCCCAAAUCAGGCGUAUGUGUCAAGCCAUCGGAACCAUUGAGAGCAUACGCAUGGGCGAGGGUAAUGCAACCAUUGUGUUUAAGACGCAAUCUGCCGCUACGGUGUUUCACAAGAAAUACCAGCGUAAAAUGCUCGAUCUAUCGCUGAUAACUGUUCGUCUCGUGCCGCAAAGCGCACCCGGGAAUAAAGCGGUCACAGCGGUCGCGAAGAAAUCCUAAAGGGGAAAGAAAAGAAUCUUGGGAUAUCCUCGAUAUUAUCUUUAAUAUUAAUUUGAUGUAUACCGAGACUUUCCUAGACGAUACCGCUUUCGUUUCAAGAUUCAUUCAGACCUGUUUAAUAGAGAUAAAAAAAUAUGUAUCUAUA